CCACCACCGACCAACCAACCAACUUGUAAAUCUAGUUUAAUUUCUAGGUCUUCUUAUUACCAUCAUCGAACUGAAAGUUGUAGUAGUAAGUUGUUGAGAAGGAACUCUCUGAAGGCGAGUCAUCCCAAAAGAAGAAGACAGCAGAAUAUUAUUGUACCAAAGUGAUGGUGGUGGUGGUCUGGUCGUUCAUGGAUGGACGGCUGCCUCAUUUAUUUCUAAACUAUUUAAAUUUCUACAUUUUCUACGGCUACGUGACCCUCGACAGUCUCCACCCGAACAGAGCCAGGCACUAGCAGGUGACCCUUCAGUUCACUCACGUGAUGCGACACACCCAUGAAGAAACGACGACCAGGUGGUGUGCUCCUAUCUGUCGAGAAGAAGAUUGACAUUAUUGUCGGAGGAAGAUAUUCAUGUCUUAUCGCCUUUCAUCGACUACACUUAUCAGCAGCAUCAUCGUCGUGAUACAUAGUUGAUCCUGGAUCUUGUUUACUUAUCCGUUGUUUUAUUAUUAUUAAUUUACCAUCUCGGUAUUGAUCUGGUGGUCGGGUGAAUAUUUACCACGACCCAUCAUCAUAACAAUAAAACCAAUGAAAUGAUGAGUGAUAUGUCCGCCUGUGUUGUUUCCGUCUGCUAAAAAGUGAGUGGAUUUUGAUUCAGCUGGGUGUGUGGAUUAUCAUCGACAUUUUUUAUUAUCAUCAUCUCGCCUUUGCUGCUGCCUUAUCACAACAAUAAUGACAAAUACUUUCGGCUUAGAGGACUAAUCGUUGGUGUGGUGAUGUGAUAAGUUGAUCAACAAGAAUUAUUCAAGGCCUUGGUAUCAAAUGUUCCAUAUUUUUUCGAGGAACAUAAUAAUAAUAAUAAUAAUAAUAAUAAUAAACUUAUUUAUUAGCAGUAGUAGUUGAGUGAGAGUGAGAGACUGAGAUCAUCAUCGUUAAUUAGUCAUCGUUAUAAAAAAAUAAGCACAAGAAAUUCAUUAUUCGUCACCAUUGUUGACCAUGUCUUUCUUCAGCGGAUUGAAGAAGGCGUUCAACUUUGGGGGUGGGAUUCGUGGGAACGAUGGCAGUGGGCAAAGUCGGUGUCGAAAAUUACCCACAAUCCUCCGCAUGGAAGUUGACCCUGCAGGAUUUUGGGAUUUUAUAGGAGAAUUGGGGGAUGGAGCGUUCGGAAAAGUGUAUAAGGCGAGACAUAAGGAAACCCAUGUGCUUGCUGCAGCAAAAAUGUGUCGGCUCGAAGGCGAUGAAGACUUGGACGAUUUUCGUGUAGAAAUUGAUAUCCUAGCGGAUUGUAGACAUCCAAAUGUGGUCUCAUUAUUUGAUGCGUAUUGCAUGGAUAGCAAAUUAUGGUUGCUGCUAGAAUAUUGCGACGGUGGUGCCUUAGACUCAAUCAUGUUGGAAUUGGAACAUGCCCUCUCCGAAUCACAAAUCGCCUUUGUGACAUCCCAGCUUUGCAUCGCGUUGAGUUAUCUGCACGACAAUAAAGUGAUUCAUCGCGACUUGAAGGCAGGAAAUGUUCUCGUGACUGCGAGUGGUGGUGUAAAGUUGGCAGAUUUUGGUGUAUCUGCGAAAAAUAAGUAUACGCUACAGAAGCACGACACUUUUAUCGGGACGCCCUACUGGAUGGCUCCUGAAGUCGUGAUGUGUGAGACUUUUAAGGAUAAUCCAUAUGACUAUAAGGUUGAUAUCUGGUCGUUGGGCAUUACGCUGAUCGAAUGUGCCGAAAUGGAACCACCGCAUCAUGAACUGAGUCCUAUGAGAGUCGUGUUAAAAAUUCAGAGAGGGGAUCCACCCAAAUUGACCAAACCAACCGCAUACACUCCAGAAUUUAAUUCAUUCUUGGCUAAAUGUCUCAUUAAAGAUCCCAACCAUCGACCCACGGCACAGGAGUUGUUACACCAUCCAUUCAUCACUCGUGCCACAGACUCAAAACCAAUUCGUGACCUCGUAUUAGAAUUUAAGGCAGAAGUGGUGGAAGAAGUUACUGUUGAUGAAGAUAUGGAGAGAUCAUCUCAGUUGAACGUUGAAAUUGUGGAACCGACUGACUCUUCUGUUCCUGAACCGGCCGCCCCCGCAACGCCGAAAGACCAAGCAGCUUUUCGACUCCCAGAAACACCUCCGAAAUCAAAUGCAAGCGUUGAAAAGCGUGGCGUUCCAGUCUCAAAUAGCGAGGAGAGUCAGGCUAAACGCGUCAAACAAACUUCACCCAUUCCACCACCCCCACCUAUCUCCUCUGAGAAAGAGAAGGAGAACAAUAAACGGGAGAAUAAUAAACCGAAAGAAAAAAGACCCGCACCAAAACCUCCGAUCGAGAAGUCAUUAUCUGUCCCUGAAAGAGGCAGUAGUUCAAAUUCGUCAAAUUUUAAUUCAAAGUCCACUCCAAAUUCAACUCCCAAUCACAAAUCAACUAACAAUGUGCCACAGCAGAAUGAUUUCGUUAUUUCUCCUCCUAAAAGUCCAGUCGUGGAUAAUACCCACAAUAAUUCCAAUUCCACAAAAGUGCAACUUUCCAAAGACGUUGUGAAAGUGUCGUCGCCGAGUGAUAGACAAAAUAAACAGCAACAAGAAGUUCAAACUGAGAAACAGAAGAAGAAAGAAAAUGAAAAUGGUAACGCGGCCGAGAUUCAUAAUCAUGUCACGAAGAAUAAAUCAAGAGAGGAAGGGGAAAUGGAAAGUGUACAAAAUAAUGGACAUGUAACUCCCGUAAAGGAUCUAGAAAUUGAUCGCAUUUCACCCACCCAAAACCGACCCCCUUCCACUGAGAGUCGAAAGAGUGGGAGUAGUAGUGGUGGUCGUGAAGCUGAGCGGCGUCGAAGGGAGGCAGACGAAGAGCAACGAAUCAUUCUUCGUAGAGAAGAGGAAGAAAAAAUGUCACGCCCCUCUUCCGAGAGUAACCAUAAACAGCAACGUGGACGUCGCGAAAAAGACGUUCCUGCGCCGGCUGCCCCAGUUAUUAGAGUUUCUCCCGAACCCACCUCGUCAACCCAUGAAGGACAAGAGUUUGAUGAACAUCAGCACAAUAGGAAAGCUGUCCAAGUCGUUCAUCAUCACGAUGACCAUCCUAAAGCGACACAUUCCAAUGCGAAACCUGGAAAAGGCAGAUCUGCCAAGAACAAGAGGAAGAAUCACAACGCACCCUCCGUCGCAGUGCUGAACGAUUCUUCUGCCGUAACUAUCGUACCUGUCUCCCCCUCUCCACCAGUGAGCAUUGUUAGUGUCAAUAGUGGAAGUGGGGAUAGUACUGAUCCAGUACCAGCGACUGGGACUGUGGUGACUGUGAAUAGCUACCCGGAUUCUGUUACGUUGUCACCGAGUGAUCAGGUUGUUGUUGUUGCAAACAGUACGAAUAAAACUUGGCUGAGUUCGAAGGAUGUCACUGAUGAGAGUUCUAUUCAAAGCGGGAGUGAUGUGGAAUCCACAACGACAUCGUGCAGAAAUAAGGCCAUCAGAAGUCAGAAAUUGGACGAUAGUGAAGUCAUCGUUUCCACACCCGACAUUUAUGAGCAAAAUUUGAAUAUUAGUCACAUCUCGGUAGUGUCGGUGGGAGAUGAAAGGAUUGGGGAAAGUUGGACCCCGUCGAGGGGUAAUGUCAGUGCAAUCAUGCUCCAGCAAGAUUCCGCUGACGACGCCCCAAUUUCCAUCAUUGUGGAAGGAACAACUAUCGAAGCUACUGACGUGGAUGCCGUUCCUGAAAUGAUGGAGUCAAAUAAGCGGCGACUCGAAAAACACAACAAGGCACCACGCCAUAACCCCCACGAAGACGCCGCCAAUGCACCACCUGUCCUACGUCGAGCUGCUGGUGGUGGUGAGAAGGGACAAAAAACAAGACCCAGUUCCGUGGGUGCGGUGCUAAGUCAAGGGCAAGGUUCCUGGCCGUCAAAGGGAAGUGGAAAUAAGGAGAAGAAUAUGGUAUCUACCUCAUUGAAAGAUAUCCCAGUACAAAUUUAUGAGGAAAAGUCAACAUCCAGUCUGGAUCGGUCCGGGAGUAAAUCAAAACCGAAUGGUGGUAUUGAACAGGACGAGUUCAAAAAGCCGUCUCACACUAGAAAUAGGUCUGAUGCUGAGUCAAUUUCCACAUCGACCAGUCAAAACAGCAACAAAGAAAACUUACUAGAAUCAAGCCCCUCUCCAGCGGAAUCUACCGUGGCAGGGGACGAAGUCACGGAAGUAGUUUUGAGAAGAAAGACAGAUUCUAAGGAGCGUGCAAGACUACGAGAGGAAAUAAACUACAAGAAAAAGACACGAAAACGUACCCGUAAAUUUGAAGUCGAUGGUGUAAUGGUUACUACUACGACGUCGAAGGUCGUCUACGGAGAUGAUGACGACUCCAUUACGAACUACCAUUUAAACCGGAAACAAGAACUGCGUGAGUUCAAAUUGUUGCAAAAACAGGAAAAGAAGCAAUGUCAAGAUUUGAAUUUGAGGGCACAUAUCGCAUUCGAAGCUCAAGAGAAACGACUAGAACAAGAAACUGCGAAUAUAAAUCGAGCUUUUGACACCGACAUGGAACACAAGGCUCGACUGCAGAAGCAACAAGUCGAGAAGACUGAGACAAAUCAAGAAUCCGAGUUGAAACAAAUGUCUAAACGGAUUAGAAGUGAUCAGGAAAAAGAGCUUCGUCUGUUUCGCGAAGGGUUAAAACAAGAAGUGAAACUCUUGAAGCAGGAGAUUGAUCAAUUACCCAAGGAACAGAGGAAGAACGCGUGGAGAUUGAGGAAAGAACAAUUGGACCGGGAUCAGAAUGACAGGGAGCGACAAUUUCUCGAAAAGCUUAACGAGAGUCACAAUAGUAGAAUGAAGCAAGAAAAUGAAGCGCAUAGAGCGAGGAUUGCUGCCAUGGAACGGCAAUAUUUGGAAGAAAAACAUGGCAGAAUCCGUCGCUACCACGUGACCAGUUGGGACACAGAGGAAGCCCACAUGAAAGAAAGACAUCAGAUGAAGAAACGUCAAAUCAAAGAAAGCUUCAACCUCCAACGGCAACAAAUGUUGAUUCGGCACGACAAAGAAUUAGAUCACCAUCGACGAGUGAGCAUGCGUAAAGAGGACGAAUUGUUAAAGCGUCAAGCUGCCGAGAAACGUGCCCUGCCUAAGAGAAUCCGAAGUGAGAUGAAGAUACGAGAAUUGAUGUUUCGAGAAUCUUUACGAAUACACGCACCUGGUUCCAAUCCUGCCACCGGACCAGAGGACGAGAAGGAUCGGUUAAGAAAGUUUCAAGAACAAGAAAAGAAGAAGUACAAAGCGGAACAACAACGCUUAGAAGAGAAGCAUAACCGACAACUAGAGGAAAUUCGGGGCAACAUUGAGGCCACGAAGAGGGAACUGGAGCAGCUUCAGAACGAGAAACGUGCUGACCUCACCCAACAUGAAGAUUCCAAAGUAAAAGAGCUGGAUGAAGUUUGCUUUCAAUCGUUACGAACCUUUAAAUUAGAACUUCCUUACAAACUUGGGGUCAUAGAAGAAGAGUUCAAUGUCCAGUUGAUGGAACAGAAUAAAUUUUACGGGGACAUGAUGACCGGACCUGAUCGAGGUCCAAACGUUUCCUUCCGAAGUAGCAGCACCCUCAACUCCGGCACGACGACACCCCUCCCAGCAAGCUCGUACUCCAGUUUGGAAUCCGAAACGUAACAAUUUCUUCUUAAAAUCAUGCUUCGACCAAUUAAGUGAUCGUAUAGUCAAUUUAAAUGCGUAAUAUCUCGUCGUUUCUCGCUGAUUAUAAAGAAUAUUUACUUAUGUAUUUAUUAUUAUUAUUAUUUAAUUCAUAUUCGUAUAGUAUGGUUCGUAGUUAGUAGUUAUAAAUAAUUGAUGAUUAUUAAUUAGUAGUGUAUAUGUAUUUAAUUACUGCGGUGCCAUAUAUAUAGUAAUUAUAAAUAUGGUGGUGGAGGAGGAUGUGGAAUUUUAAUUGUGUAAAAUUCCAGCCCAGAUUUCAAUGCAAAAAGUCAGACUUGUAGAACAGCAUUGCCUAAUAGCAAACAACGCAUGUAUGCAUAUCUGUAUAACGCUAUCUAAUUAAACUAACGCCUUAUUAUCCAGUGUUCACUCACAUUAAGUAGAAUAAUAUACGAUACGAUUACUCGGCCAGCAGCAGGCAUUCUUCUUAAUGCGUGUUUUUUUUACUAAAUGAACCUAAAAUUAAACGCCUUACCUCUUAACCAACAUAUUAUGUAACUCAAUUAACAAAGAAUAACAAAUUUCCAACGAAGCCUAAAAACUGAACGACAGAGUAUUAUCGCCUAUAUUUCUACACUAACCGUACGAAUGCAAUUUUUCCUUGUACUUACGAAUCCAGAGAAGCUGUAUAAUAUGUGCCUCAAAUAUUAUCAUGUAUGUAUUACUGUGCAGUAUACAAGCUAGCUAGCCGUGCCGACUGACAAUUAUAUCAAAUCGCGCAUGCAUAACACUUGCAAAGUAUUAUGCAUAAAAAAUAAUAAUAUAAUCUUGAUGUGAUGUCUGACAAAUACUUGGGAACUUACAUAGAAAAUUUAUCUAGUUUUUACUAGCUAGAAGUGUAUCUUAAAAAGACCAAAAACGAAAGACUAUGAUGGACUGUUUAAACCUAUUCCUAUCGUAAAUCGUGUACCCGAAUCCUUUUAUACUCCUAUCUCUUAAUUAUCUAUAUUGUGUCGAAAUUUUCUUGAAAUUAAUUACACGUGUGCAUAAUCAACUAACCAGACACUAUUUUAUCAACGUUUGCUCGGUGAGGGAUGAAUAUUGUAUUUUUGCUUUGUAUAAUUUAUCCAUGUAUUUAAAAAAUAACUAGAAGGGAUGGAGUCGUGGUCGAUCGAUCGAUACAUAUGCCCCACCCACCUACCCAGUCCCCUGCCUUAAUCCUGUGUAAAUUGUGUACACUAUAACUUAAAGCUCUACCGUGUUAAAUACAUAAUAUGUAAUAGUUGUAGAUUACCUACCUAAUUAACUUAUUUGACGUCAAAUGCCAUAUUAUUUGUACUUGUAGUAACACUUGUUGACGAUGUUGUUGACACGACUACCGUUUUUUGAGUAAUUUUGAGUAUUAUAAAUUAUUGCUAUUAUUAUUAUUAUUAUUAUUAUAAAGUGAAUGAAUCAUCAUCUACCGUAUUGCGCCGUUAUACUUCAUGAUUAAUUAACAGUGAGUAAUAAUUAAGCGAGUACUAUUUGACCUUGAUUCUCGUUCUAGAAAUAGAUGAUGAGUAAAUAAAUCAAUAAAAAUUCAAUAA